CCUUUUUAAUGGUACAUCCCAGUUGCAAACCUAAAAGACACGCGCUGUACUUUCGCUUUUGCACAAACUAAUAAGUAACUGAAAGUAAACCUGGUGGAUGUGAGAAAAUUGUGAGCAGGCUUGGUUGUGUGCUGAUGCAGGUUAUGGCGUUGCAAAUAUCCAGAAUCGCUGCUCGUGCUUCAGUGUGUGUGUUGAGUCGGAUUGCGUUUCAAGCCGCCGCGAAUUCCCCGGCGUGCGCGCGCCGCGGUGUAAAUAUAGCGUGCGCGCGCCCACGAAGGUUUUCCGGCUCCCCUGCGAGCUCGGGGUGGAGAGGCGUUCCCGUGCUCACGCGCUGCCGCUCGGUCGCGGUGCUGCUCGGGACUGUCGGCGUGUCCGCCGCCGCCGCCGCCGUGCUGAGCUCGAGCGCCGUUUGCGCCAUGGCCGCGCGCCCACCUCUCAACUUCGACUCCGACAAAAGUGACUGGAAAGAGGCGAAAAAUAAGCUUCUGUCAAUGAGCCUGGAGGAGAGGAGAAAGAUUUACAAGACAGACUACAUCUCCCUGGACCAGGUUCCUGUCUGGAAGCACUCAGGUACUACAUCAGCUAAGCCUUUUUACAAGGCCAACGAUGAACUGAAUCAGAAGAUCUCUCUCUUCCGUGGUGACAUCACCAAACUGGAGAUAGAUGCAAUUGCCAAUGCAGCCAACAAGACCCUGCUGGGCGGAGGAGGGGUGGACGGAGCCAUCCAUCGUGGGGCAGGUCCUCUCCUGAGAAAGGAAUGUUCCACUCUGGGAGGGUGUGAAACCGGGGAGGCCAAGAUAACUGGAGCAUACUGCCUGCCAGCCAAACACGUUAUUCACACCGUGGGGCCAAUAGCUCACGGCUCUGUAGGGGAGACGGAGAGACAAGCGCUCCGAGACUGUUAUAAUAACUGUCUGCACACGGCGACUAAGAACCAGCUGCGGACAGUGGCUUUUCCCUGUAUCUCCACUGGAGUGUACGGAUACCCACCUGAGCAGGCAGUGGAAGUGGCUCUGAAGACAGUAAGAGAAUACCUGGAGGACAACUCUGCGCAGCUGGACCGGGUCAUCUUCUGUGUUUUCCUCAAGUCAGAUGAGAAUCUAUACAACAGCCAACUUCCUGCCUACUUUCCGAAAGCCUGCUGACCAAUCCAAGAGCCCAGUGUGAGUACAGAUGAAUUUCUGAAAAGCAAAUUAUGAGUGGAUGGAGUCGUCCCUCGCUCAUCGCCGGCUCCUGCUUCCCCGGCGUCUGCCCCACGAGCAACACCUACUGAUUAUUUUUGAAUUAGCUGAUUUUUAUUCCGUAAUUUCUUGCCGCUCAAUCCAGUUUCCACCAAACUACAGUUUGAUGAUAAAAGAAAGGCUUAUUUGGAGUUGCACUUAAUAGGAUUGCCAUCAAACAGAGCACGUCAAGUGAUGCAAUGUUUUUCUAUUCAGUACUGUUGCAAUCAGGAAGUCUGUCCAUACACAUUUUUGAUACAUUGAUUUUGAUUUUGCCAGAAUGUUCUAUAGCUAUCUGAUCUUCAAUGCCAUCCUGUUUUUUGUUAAGCUUAUGCAGCAGUUACACCUAAUAUGAUUCACUAGUAUUUAGUUAAAAAUGUAAUAUAAAGUUAACUAAUUGUUAAAAGCUAUCAAUUUAUUGUAUAAUUGGAAUUAAGUGUUUUGCUUAAGCCUAUAAUCUUGUAAGCCAUUUCAAUCAAUCAUUAAAGCCAUUUGUAAGCAUGCACCUUAAUAAAAUAUUUUGAAAACAGUAUGAUUAAAAAAAAGAAGGCUUGAAUAAAA